AUGAACGGAAGCCCGGGGAACGAGGCCGCCACUAAAGACAGCGAUGAGGUGUCGUUGAAGUUUGAACCAAAAUUCAUGGACUCCUUGGAUGCUCGUGUCAUGCAAUACAAGUAUGCCUUAGUCAAGCUUGAACGCCUCAUAGAAGCUGUGGACGACUCACUUAAGGCAGUCAAUGAUAGCCCCGACACUAUCAUUUUGAUCCAUUAUCUUAUUUACCUCGCGUCGAACUUAUUUGCCAUCCACGAACCAGGCUUUCUUCCCAAAUUAAAGGCACUUGAGAACUUCAAACUAAUCAAGUCUGCUUCUGUAGUGGUCUCUCAAGUAGUCACGCAUAUCCCAUAUGAUAUGAGGGACCUGGAGACUGUGCCUUUUGAUGACUUACCUUCAUCAGCCUCCUCGGUAUCUUGCUUGAAAGCAUUUCGUGCUCUAUGUCUCACUUGCCAGGACGCUUAUCAAAAGAGAUACCUCAAUGCGUCCAAGGAAAUUGCAAAUGAUGAGUACCUACAAGAUCUUGACUCCUUGUUUACCAAGUCAUUUUUUGACGUUGAAAAAGAUUUUGACUUGGUCUUAAGCAGUGGUUUAUUCGAGAAAUCGUGUCUAAUGUUUCGAGUGAAUACCCAAACAAGCUUUUGUGAUGAUUACUCCGAGGCUUCAUUAAUUGACAUUGACUUGUGUUCGCUCUUCACUAUCACCGAGGAGACGUCCAAGAUGCUCAACAGGCAGAAACCGAUGAUCGAGAAGUACAAGACGAUCAAACAGGCGCCCAAAAAUCUCCAAGACAAGCAGCUCAAAGACACCAUAUACAAUGCUUACGCCCUACACAGGGUAUUUUUUUGGGCUCUAAGGGUUAAUGAAUUGUAUUUCAUCCUUCGAAAGUUUGGCCGUCAAAUCUUCGUCUCCAACCAUGAUCAUUUACACGAUCAAAAGUUUGGUUCAUUUGUGAGCAAAUCGCAUCACUACCGUGAAAUGCUUAAAGAUAUCGAUGAGAAUUUCUUCAACACGAAGAAAAAUGGGGUUUUGAUAGCCACCAUUACUCGAUUUCUCCGGAUGGACUCAAAUCAAGAAAUCACUCCGAAAUCCAUCUUCGAGUUUGUUGGUUUUGUGUUCCAAAGUGUUACAUAUAUUGAAGGGUUAUUGAGCGUGUUAAAAGAAUUUGGAAACACUUGGAUUUCCGCAGAAUUGGCAUUUAGAACCUCGCACAAUUUACCAGUGGACUAUCUUCUUAAAAUCAAUGACAUUGUUGAAAGCGAGAAAGUUCAAGAUUUGAAGGCCAAGAGGCAAAGAGCUCAAAUUCUUGCCAAGCAAAAAGCUAAACAAAAUGUUUCUUCAAACGUCAAAACGCCCACCAACCGGCAAGUUAUACCUGUGAUUAAAGCUCCUAUUAAGCUGCCUGCAGCUUCUAGCUCGCCUGCAAGUUCAAUUGAUUCCAAAAAAUCUGUAUCUUCCCUGGAACUGGGUUCUAAAUUGCGAACGGGUUCUUUGACUAGUAAACCCUCGGGAGCUCAAAGCCCUUUGUUUCUCCAAAGGCAGUCAUCAGCAACAUCUCUCCAAGCAAACUCAUCAACAACAAGUUUAACGGAAAAGGCUUCAACGACUCCCACAGGGCGACGCCGUUCGAGUUCUCAGCCUAUAUCUUACAAUGCAGCUGCGACAGCCUUAAAGGGUAAUACUGGUCCAGUACCAGUCAAGCAAGAAUACUUUACUCGCUCCCCUAGUGGUAGCAUCAAGAGAUCUGGUCUGAUGACAAAAAAACCCUCGCAGACAUUGAUUGCAUCACCUGCCAGCAACAAACGUCCUGUUAUGGAUGUUGUCGAAGAACACAAAGAGAUUUCCCAACCCAAAGCUGAAGUUAAAAAAUCGGCCAGUCAAAAGUUUCAGCAACACUUAUUGGAGGCUUCCCGAUCAGGCGCAUUGUACAGCAAGGAAAAAGAGGUAUUCAACAAUGUGGUAUUUGACCCGAACAAUCCAUCUGCCACAAAUUUGCGGAGACAAUCAAAGGUCUCGGUCGCCUCGAAUCGGAAAGAGAAUUCUGUCUCUUCUCUUAAAGAGAAUCCUAAUGCGCCACAAGCGCUUGUCGAUCAGAAACCAACACGCGCUCAAAUUACUAAAAUCAAUACCAGAAGAAACAGUGUGGUCAUGCAAUCCAACAACCCAAGCCGUGCAAGCGAUAUAAGCCGGAACUCCAUGAUAUCCACUCUGUCUCAAACCUCAUCUGCAAUGGAGAGCGUUGUGAUUAAGAAAGUACGAUUCACAGGGGUACCUGAGUACACUCCAGCAGAAGACGCACCUGAAACUCAAACAAGUAGAAUAUUGAAGAGCUUUGCGGCGUUGAAAAUUCCGGCUGUUAAAAGUACAACGGUGAAACGCAAGGAUGAGGAGUUUAAGCAGGAGGAAAGUCAGCUUUUCAAACAAUACAUCACCCACGGUGACCCGAAGGCACUUCAGACUUAUAACGGCAUAUACGCCCCAGGAUCACAAAUUUCGCUGAAGUUUGCGAGAUUCAAAAACAGAUUUUAG